UUGAGAAUAAUAAGAGAUGGAAACUGGUGAUGUGUCACAUGGAAGGGUUCAUUGUGGUCCGGUUCCGAUCAGACUGUACCAUUGAGCUCCUUUCUUCAUUGGAAUGCUCAUCUUGCCGUGAUUGCCACGUACCCCUAUACAAACAAACAUUUCAGUUAACGCAACAAAAGUACUGAUUUUCAGGUUACAAUGUCUUGGGAAACCUUAGAGGACAUGUUCCAGAACUGCUCGGAGCUUAGUUCACAAUUCUGCAACAUCACUGGACUCAAUAAAACCUUGAACGACACGGGGAGCCAGAGGCUCUUUGCGACUGAGGAACUACUUCUGAAGUUUCUAGGACCUAAGAGAUCUUCUUUCUUCCUGCCCAUCUCCCUAGCAUACCUGCUCAUCUUCAUCACAGGUGUGGCAGGGAACCUUCUUACCUGCACAGUGAUUGCGAAGCACAAGAAGAUGAGAACCCCGACCAACCUCUACCUUUUCAGCUUGGCCAUUUCAGACCUCUUGGUCCUGCUCUUCGGGAUGCCUUUGGAGACCUAUGAAAUGUGGCAGAACUAUCCUUUUCCGUUUGGCGAAGGAGGAUGCUAUUUCAAAACCUUCCUUUUUGAGACUGUUUGCUUCGCGUCAGUCCUUAACGUUACGGCUCUCAGCGUGGAAAGAUAUGUUGCGGUGGUACACCCGCUCAAGACCAAAUAUGUCAUGACCAACACCCAUGCCAAGAGGGUCAUCACUACCGUUUGGGUCAUAUCUUUGGUCUGUGCUAUUCCCAACACCUCUCUCCAUGGUUUAUACUACUUCUACCUCCCCACUCUAGAGAAAAUCGAAGAGUCAGCUAUGUGCAUGUUACUGAAGCCUAGGUGGAUCUAUAACCUGGUGAUCCAGAUCACUACAGUCUUCUUCUACUUCAUCCCCAUGACUAUCAUUAGCGUCCUCUACCUGAUGAUAGGCUGCCGUCUCAACAGAGAGAGGAAGUUCCCAGUCGGCAAGAUGGGGAAGAAUUGCAGCACCAAAACCAGCUGUAAAAUCCAUUUGGAGAGUGGGAGAAGGAGGCAGAUCACCAAGAUGUUAUGUGUAGUAGUGGUGGUAUUUGCCAUCUGUUGGGCUCCUUUCCACACAGACCGACUGCUGUGGAGCUUCAUCACGCAGUGGACGGACUUCAUGCACAACGUAUUCCAGUAUGUGCAUGUGAUCUCGGGGAUCUUUUUCUACCUGAGCUCCGCGGUCAACCCUGUCAUCUACAACCUGCUCUCCACCCGCUUCAGAGAACGUUUCAGAGAACUUGUGUGCAGUAACCAGGAGUCCAGUGUCUCCCGCAACAGCUCCCCAGCUAUCUCCAGGAUCCGGAAGAGCCCCGCCCUGGUUUACCAUGUACCAACCAAACAGGAUGCUCCAAAGUUCCUCCAGCCUUCUGGGAGCUGGGAACAUGAGGACGAAACCACUUAUAUCUAAAGAAGAGGCAUCUGCCAUUAACUUAGAGAAAUAUAGGAGGGUUCAUUAGAGUUAGUUAAUGCAGGGUUUCAUACUCAUGGUGGAAUUUUACAAUCACAGAAUCCAGUGGUGGGAAAUUCAUAAUGUUCUUUGCAACUAAAGUUAUCCAACCAGUUUUUAGUCUCCUCUGAAUACUUAAUUUAGUUCUGGAGUGAAGAGUGCACGUAAACCAGUUAGUCUGGUUGCAAGGAAAGCAAACUUGUCACUGGAUUGUCUUUUAAGCAUGUCUUGAGGAACACCAGAAAAAAAGAACUAGAUCUUUUUUUGCCUCUUUUAACUUCGUCUGCAGGGUCAACCAAACCCAGCCAGUGCCAUUACGAACUGGUUAUUUAAUAAUGAUUUCAUCAUUACUAUGUGAUUAUUAAAGUAUACUGCAUUACAUCAACGUAAGGAGAAGGCUUGACUAAGACUCCUACAUUUAAAUAAAAAACAAUCUGUAAACUAAAAACUAUCCAUCUGACAAGUCUGUAUCAUUUACUGUACCUCCGUUGAAAUUAAGUUGUUGUGCUGUAUAGCAAUGGCAGACUGACUCAAAGACACAACCAGGUCCAUAAUUGAACACCGCACCCUUGUUUAGCUCCAAACGUGUACAUGGAAUGUAAAUAUAGACUGCGUGUUUCUCCGUUGUCGACAUUUCAAAGAGAUAUUUUAUUUUUAUUUUUUAUUUGGAACACGAGGCACUACAUGACAUUGUAUACAGUACCUCUAUGAUUUAACUAAAUACUCUUUUUUUUUUUUUUUAAAUUAAGCCAAAUAUUUUAUACAUCUAAAGUAGUUUUAUUGUCAAAAUCAUGUUUAACAGUUGUUUUCAUUGUUUGCUGGUGUAUGUUAUCUGGUCAUUCUCAGUCAGAUAUUAUGCAGUGUGGAGCAUUUGGUUAAAGGAAAAGCAGCA